GUGAGUGAUAUUUUUAAACGGUUUUUCUUCAUUUCAAUAAACAAUUGAUUUCAAUUAGUAAAUGCAGUCGAUUAUAUUGACAUAACCAGGCCGUUAAUCAUGUCUUCGGAAGUAAGUAACGAUUCAACCAGCAUUUUGCACAAAAUUUACACAAGCGAUCCAAUUCUAUACAAAAGUUAUGUAAACAAAAAAGUAACAAUCACAACCGAAGAUUCCAAUGUACACAUUGGCUUUGUAUAUACGAUUGAUCCAGUUUCGGAGAGUAUUGUAUUAAUGCAACCUAAAGAAGGAGAGGAAAAGAUGCAAUUAAAAAUCAUAAUGAGAGGAGCGAUUAAAAAAUUUGAAUGUUCUUUUGAUAAUGAAUUUUUAUUACCAGAAAUGUUUGUUGCGCCAGAAAUACAUAUGCCGGAACAGGAACUGAUGAAAAGAAAGUAUUCGGUAGUUAAAUUAUUAUUAGAAAAUCAUUUUCCUGUCUCAGAAGAUAAAGGUAAUUUAUAUAUUAAAGAUACACUGGAAAUAAGACCACCUUUUGGACCUGAUAAUUGUAUUUGUUUAAACAGCAUUAUCUUGAACAGAAUACAAACUCUCCUAAGACACGCUUCAUUUUGAAGGCUUGUGAAAAAGAUUCAAACUAGGUCAAAGCCAUUACGCCGUUCGAUGCUAAUUUAUUUUGCGCAACAAUUUUAUUCCAAUAUUUAUUACAAAAAUAAAGUCGUGAUCACGUUGGGAAUGUAUGCGUGUAUAAAGUGAAAUCACAUUCAAAAGAUAUGCUUACGAUAUGGGCAUUAGUAGCCAAGGCAUUGUCAAGACUUAUGUGUAUGAAAAAUAUUCCAUUUAUAUUUUUGUACGUGCUUGAAAUAUGAAAUAUACAAAUAUAA